CGGGCGCGCCCAGGCGACCGAAGGGCGGGUGGCCAGUGGGGGACGCGGCCUCACGGCCCGGCGCGGGCAGUCCCGGCGGGUGGCAGCAUGGGUACCCGGCAGACCAAGGGCAGCCUGGCGGAGAGAGCCAGCCCCGGCGCGGCGCCUGGCCCCCGCCGCGAACGACCAGACUUCUGGGCGUCGCUGCUGCUGCGCGCCGGGGACAAGGCGGGGCGCGCGGGCGCCGGCGCCGGGCUGCCCCCCUACCACCGGCGCGUCAGCAUGGUCCAAGAGCUGCUGCGGAUGGUGCGCCAGGGCCGGAGGGAGGAGGCGGGGACGCUGCUGCAGCACCUGCGCCAGGACCUGGGCAUGGAGUCGACCUCCCUGGAUGAUGUCCUGUACCGCUAUGCCAGCUUCCGGAACCUGGUGGAUCCCAUCACACAUGACCUCAUCAUCAGCCUGGCACGCUACAUCCACUGCCCUAAGCCGGAGGCUGAUGUCCUGGGCGCCAUGGAGAAACUGUGCCGGCAGCUGACCUACCACCUCAGCCCCCACUCGCAGUGGAGGCGGCACCGCGGGCUGGUGAAGAGGAAGCCACAGGCCUGCCUCAAGGCUGUACUGGCUGGGAAUCCUCCAGACAACACCGUGGACCUGUCCGGCAUCCCACUGACAUCCCGUGACCUUGAGCGUGUGACCAGCUACCUGCAGCGCUGUGGGGAGCAGGUGGACAGCGUGGAACUGGGCUUCACAGGCCUCACAGAUGACAUGGUCCUGCAGUUACUACCGGCUCUCAGCACUCUGCCCCGUCUCACCACACUAGCCCUCAAUGGCAACAGGCUGACCCGGGCCCUGCUGCGUGACCUUACUGACACCCUGAAGGACCCCAGCAAGUUCCCAAAUGUCACGUGGAUAGAUCUGGGCAACAAUGUGGACAUCUUCUCUUUGCCCCAGCCCUUCUUACUCAGCCUGAGAAAGCGUUCUCCAAAACAGGGCCACCUACCUACUAUCCUGGAGCUUGGUGAGGGCCCAGGCACAGGAGAAGAGGCCCGGGAAGGGACUAUGGGCCAGGACCCUGGAGGGAGCCCUGUGUCACUUGCCAAAGACCACAAGGGCAAGGCGGCCACAACUCAAACGUGACACGGAAGUGAAAAACCCCAUCAGAGAAUGUGGGGGGCAGGAUAGCUAAGACAGGCUUGGGGUCCCCUCCCAUGAGAACUCAGGCUAUUGUGAAAAACCAGUCUGGGCAAUUCUAACCACAAGCAAACCAUGAUUCCUAUGAAGGGAUUUCUGCACUAUGUCCCUUUAGACCUCUCCCCACUGAAAAUCUCAGCAUAUGCCUUUUGGCUGUUGAGUCAUUCCCAGUUAAUAACCCUCUCAGAUCAGCACUUGGCCUCCCUGGGAACUGGGGGGCCAAGGAGCAUAAGGCUUAAAGAUGUUGGCAGCUACAGUCAAUGGUAAUAUAGAGCAUUCUCCCAGAAGUCUAGUCAGGCCCAGGGAUUUUUAUGUAAUUCAGGCUGGGCUUGAACUCACUGCAUAGCCCACGUUGGCCUCAAACUCUGUGAUACUUGACAACAGCAUUUUUUCCCAGCCUUUCUCAUUACAUUCGUCUCUCAAGUGAAAACAAUAGAUUUUAAUAUGCCCCACUCCCAGGGUUUUCUUUUCCUCAAUGAAUGAUCCUAGUACCUCUAUCUAGGCCAAGUUUGAAAGGCCUACGCCUCUUCAUGAAGCGUCAACCUCCACUGCAGGCCUUCCUGUGAAAACCAGUUAUCUCCACUCUGCAUAUAGCAUCACAGAUCCACACAGCAGUGGCUAGGGCAGGCCAGGUGCCACCAGAGCAAAGGUACUUGGAAACCCCAGGCCUUGGUUCAGCCUCACACAUAGCCUCACUGUGAGGCUCAGUGAUAGCCUAGCUUCCUUCUCAGUCAGGACAGACCUACUGGCUGGAUUAGACUUUUUGACAAAUUCCUUUUCCAUUUAGCCCCUUAAACAAAACCCACUGCACAAGGCUCUUAAAAACCCAGGACCCCAAACAUUAACCCAAAGGCCUACCAAUUUUUUUAUAGGCUUUCUAGACACAAUCCCUACUCCAGAAAAACUGGGCACCAUUCUUAAACCAAAUUUAUGAGGGGGUCAACAAACACCUUAUGGGCAAAACAAGAUAUGGAGAAAACAGAUUGCAUCAAUACAACAAGAAUAGGCUUCCAGCCUCCAGCCACGAUAUUCUACAUUAGCAGAGCAACAAGAUGAGGGCUGGACAAGUCCUUACAUGGUACUGGCUGAGUAUGGCAUGGAACCACCUCAGUCACAUGCUUCAAGGGACAAAGCAGCAAGGACUGGAAUCAAGUAUGGAUGCCUUAAGUGCUUCAGAACUGUGCCCUUGAAGCCUGCAGUUGCAAUGGUGAGACUGACCAGAAGUUUACAAACUUCAAUGCUAAUACUGUUAACACCUACAUA